AUGCCUAUCAUGUGGAGGAAAGCAUUCCUUGGGUUCCCAGAUCUUGGUAAAGUGGUCAAUGACUAUGCUCUGGCCUUCAAUACCAAAACAUUUCCUGUGCAAGGGCUUUCCCCUCCAACUUCUGCAACCCCAGAGUCCAAGGCCAAUCUUGACAUUAAGCACUAUCACUCCCAGCUCUCGGAUCCAUCGCCUUUAAAUCCGCCAAACGGCACCUCCUGCACAAUUAUAGAGGUACCUCCAGGUUCAGCGGUUCCGAUGCACCGAACAGCGACCCUCGACUAUGGUGUCAUAAUUGAUGGCACUACAGAAUUAGUCCUUGAUUCCGGUGAGAAAAAGUUACUGAAAAAGGGUGAUGUAUUUGUUCAACGAGGUACGGCUCAUGCUUGGCGGAAUAUGACUGAAAAGAAAGACAAUUCUGGUGUUUUACGUGUCUUUUUCGUGUUUCAACCUAUCGAACAGGUGCAACUGGAAGGCGGAAAGGUCGUUGGUCAAGACUUGAAUCUGUCUCUGCAUGAGGCUUAA